AUGUCUUACUCUGAUAACAGAAGUUUUAGUCUGCCAAUAACACCAAUAUCCGAAUUAAAAGAUCUCCCAUUUCCAAAAACUUCCGCAUGUCUAAUAAUCGGUGAUGAGAUACUUAAUGGAAAAACUGUUGAUACAAAUUCAGGAUAUUUUGGAAUUGAGUUGAAAAGAAUAGAAGUUGUUCCUGAUGAUGAACAGACAAUAAUUGAAGCUGUAAGAAGACUAAGCAAAAAUUUUGAUUUUGUAAUUACAAGUGGAGGAAUAGGUCCAACACAUGAUGAUAUAACAUAUCCAACAAUUGCAAAAGCCUUUAACCUCCAAUUAGCAUCUCAUCAACAAACACUCGAUCGUAUGGUGGAUGUUGCUUCUAACACGCCAUAUUUGAAAAUUAUGUUAAAAGAACCAUCACAAGAAGCAAUUGAUGCACGUAAACGUAUGGCUUUAUUUCCUACACCAUCAUUGGUGGUCUAUCCAAAUCCAAAACUAUGGGUACCAAUAGUAAUAGUAAAUAAUAACGUUCAUGUAUUACCCGGUAUACCAAGAUUAUUUCGUGAGUUAUUGGAUGAUUAUCAAAAAUAUUUAAAAGUAGGAGAGAAAUUUUUUAGAGCUUUUGUUAAAACCUUUCAACCAGAAAGUUUUAUUGCUCCUAUAUUAACCGAAUUACAAGAAAAACAUUUGGAUAUAAAAAUUGGUAGUUAUCCUAAAUGGACUAAUGAUAAUAAAAGAUGGGUAAUUAUUAGUUUUAUAACCGGAGAAAAAAAUAAAGAAAAUUUAAAGGGUGUAAUUGAUGAAGUUGUUGAAAGAGUUAAUGGAACUAUUGUUGAAGAAGGAUAG